UGGGUUGAGGCCAGAGUCUAGUCAUCGUCAAGCACUCGUAUAAUCUGGUCUUCACUGGGAUGUCUGUAAUAACAGAAACCUCCUUUGCUACCGCAGCAUCCUCUUCCAUUAACAGCAAUCGACUCUUGGAUGUUGGGAAUAUUAGCCGGAGACCAGUCACAAUGGCCUCAAGUUAUGUCUUUCUCCUUGUUGGGAAGACAGGCAAUGGGAAGAGCAGUCUGGGAAAUUGUCUUUUAGGACAACAGGACUUUCUGACUGGUUCUAGCAUGUCUUCAACAACAACUAAAGCUGAGAAAAGGUCAAGAAUUAGAGGCGAAGUAACUAUAACGGUGGUGGACACUCCGGACAUCGUUAACCUGGACUACAGUCCUGAGGAAAGGAGGGAGGAGAUCCAGAGGUGGAAGGCGCUGACGUCACCCGCCCACCCGACCAUUCUACUGGCUGUGCGCUGUGACGUGCGCUACACGGCCGAGGAGUACGCCAUCUACAAGGAGUUCAAGAGUCUGUGGGGAGACAACUCCAGCAUCAAGCGCCAACUGGUUGUGGCCUUCACCUUCGGUGACAGGCAGGACAGAGACCUCCGUGAGGAGCUGAAGGGCGUGUGUCCCGAGCUGAAGAAAGUCUUGAGAGACGCUGACAACCGCUACGUGCUCUUCAACAAAAAGGACCCAAACAAAGAGCAGCAAGUUGACAAACUUCUCAAAAUCAUAAGACCACCUGACAGGUCACAGAAGCCUUUCUCCUCUCCCCGCGUCCACAACAUACUGUCCGUGGUGUGCUUGGUCAUCCCCCUUCUUGCUGCAGUCGGCUGUAUCGUUGCUGGCGUCUUCGAUCAACUGGGAUUGACGAUCGGCCUCGGGGUGCUCGGCCUCACGAUGGCUGUGCUGUUAUUAGUGUGUGGGUAUGAAGCCCGGAAACAAAGCCGAAGUAGCCUCAUGAACCCUUAAGAAAUUUGAAUCACA